AUGUGGAUAACUUGGCUUACUUAUAACGAUACAUUUUCAUCAGUUGUGGAAUAUGGCAUUAGUGAUUUGCAAUGGUCUGUUAAAGGCAAUUCUACACUAUUCAUUGAUGGUGGAGAACAAAAAAGUAGACGGUACAUACAUCGAGUUUUACUCACCGAUCUGAUACCUGGAACUAUUUACCAGUACCAUGUUGGAUCGCAAUACGGCUGGAGUUCAAUUUAUCGAUUUAAAGCAGUGCAAAACUUAACAGAUUACGAAUAUAUAUAUGCAGUUUAUGGAGAUCUUGGUGUUGUAAAUGCUCGGUCGCUCGGAAAGGUACAACAACAAGCACAGCGGUCACUUAUUGAUGCUGUUUUACACAUUGGUGACAUGGCAUACAACUUGGAUACUGAUGAAGGACGAUUUGGUGAUCAAUUUGGUAGACAGAUUGAACCGGUAGCAGCUUAUGUACCGUAUAUGAUGAUUGUCGGUAAUCAUGAACAGGCCUACAACUUCUCUCACUAUGUGAACCGGUAUACGAUGCCGAACAGUGAACACAACUUUUUUAUAGCUCAUUUUAUUGCCAUAUCAACUGAAUUUUAUUAUUUCACUGAAUAUGGUUCCGUACAAAUAGCGAAUCAAUGGAAAUGGCUUACUAAGGAUUUGAAGCGCGCAUCUGCAAAUCGAGACAAAUAUCCAUGGAUUAUAACAAUGGGUCACCGACCGAUGUACUGCUCGAACUACAAUUCUGAUGACUGUACCAAAUACGAAUCGCGAAUCCGUUUGGGUGUACCAGGAACACAUCGUUACGGGCUUGAAAAACUGUUUUUUACGUAUGGAGUUGACCUGGAAAUUUGGGCGCACGAACAUUCCUACGAGCGCAUGUGGCCACUAUACAAUCGUACUGUUUACAAUGGUACUGAAGAGCCAUAUAUUGAUCCACCAGCACCUGUGCAUAUUAUUUCAGGAUCCGCUGGAUGCCAAGAAUACACUGAUCCAUUUGUACCCCAGCCACCACCGUGGAGUGCAUUUCGUUCAUCAAACUACGGUUUUGGUCGACUUCAUGUGUUUAAUACAACCCAUCUGUACUUCGAACAAGUAUCCGCAUCGAAGGACGAAACGGAAGACCGUUUCUGGUUGAUCAAGUACAAGCACGGUCCUUAUACCUCUGAGCAUCGUAAAAAGCUGAAGCAGUUUGGUACCUAUGUGCUCUAA